AGCAGAUCGGGCCCCCUCCCUCUAUUAUUUAAAUAAAGAUUCUUCUUCCUCCGAAUCGGUUCCAGUCCCCAAAGUCGUUAAUGUCUGCGAACCUUGGCAAGAGCAGCGAGAAUAUGGAAGUGAAGGAAGUGCUGCACAUGACCGGAGGAGAUGCCGAGAACAGCUAUGUUAAGAACUCGAUCUACACGCAAAAGCUUGCUCUUGCGACUAAGCCGGCGAUCGAAAGGGCAGUCAAUUCCCUGUUACAAGAGCCAAUCUUCCUCUGUAAGCUCCUGAAUGUGGCGGACCUUGGUUGCUCAGCUGGGCCGAACACCUUCGCAUUCAUGUCCACUGUGAUUGAGACUAUAGAAAGCAGCUGCAGAGGAUCUGGAGCUAAACCGCCCGAGAUCCAGUUCUACCUGAAUGAUCUUCCAGGAAAUGACUUCAAUACUCUGUUCAAUAGCCUUUCCGAGUUUCGGCGGAAUUCACUGGGCUUGUCAUUCUUCGUGAUGGGAGCUCCAGGCUCUUUCCAUGAGAGGAUCUUUCCUCAGAAUUGCUUACAUCUUGUUCAUUCCUCGUACAGUGUCCACUGGCUAUCUCGGGUUCCACAGCUUAUGACCGCACAAGGAUUGCCGCUGAAUAAGGGGAAGAUUUACAUCUCCCAGACGAGCCCUCCAGAGGUUAAGGAGGCUUACUUGGCUCAGUUCCAGGAAGACUUCACAAACUUUCUGCAAUAUCGGAGCAAAGAAAUGGUGGUUGGUGCUCGUCUCGUGUUAGUACUUCAUGGGAGGCAGUCCACAGAUCCUGCAAUCAAGGAGAGCUGCUAUCCCUGGGAGUCACUUGCGGAGGCAAUCUCUAGCUUGGUCUCAGAGGGUCUCGUGGAGGAAAAGAAGCUAGACACCUUGAACGUGCCUUAUUACACAGCCUCCCUAGAGGAAGUCCAACAGAUAGUCAAACAAGAAGGAUCUUUCACGGUUGAGCACAUCGAGACACUGGUGUUAGACAUCGGAGGACCUUUAUCAGGGGAAGAGGAUCCAUGGAUCAGCGGGAUGAAGCAUGCGAAGAAUGUCAGGUCCUUCACUGGGUCAAUCAUACAGCACCAUCUUGGUGAAGAGGUCAUGGACAAGCUCUACAGCGAGAAGUUAGCGUACUUGAUAGGGGAAGAUCUAAGUAAGCAACCGAUCAAGGGCAUCAACCUUAUCCUUAUCCUUCGGAGACAUUCCUAGGUUUCUAUGAAUCUUGUCGAAUGUUUAAUUCCAUCAAACAUAAAUUGCUCGCAAUAGCAUUAACAUGCCUUCGAGAUACUUCUUGGAAAAAUUAAGCACUAGUAUCAUAAUGUUC